GAGGUCAGAGGGGAAUGGCCAGACUGAUUCAGGCAGACAGGAACUCAAACAGGCACAUGUUGCUACAGUGAUGUGUUUCUCUCAGAGGUUCUCUGAAUGUGGAUGUUCCACUCCUGUUCCUGAUGAGGGAGCCACCGAGUACAGUUAGUUACAGGGGAGGCGUGGCUGGGUCCACACUCUGUACAGCUUGGGGAUGCACUGCAGAGGGCCUGGUGUUCUUUCCUGCCAUCGCAGUUCCCCUCCUGUUCUCUAUGGGAGCUUGAGGCGGGGCAGGGGCCUUGUCCCAGCAGUCGGGCCGCGUCCUACAUACGUACGGAGCUGGAGUUUCUCACACGCACGCUCUGCCUUGCCUUUAGAACUGGGAGCUUGGCUAUCACGCGGAAGCUCGCCUGACCCCGCGGGAGGAUUACCACGCCAACGCUCCAGACCUCUACAUUCCAACCAUGGCUUUCAUUACCUACAUCCUGCUGACGGGGGUGGCCCUGGGCAUGCAGAAGAGGUUCACCCCUGAGGUGUUGGGUAUGUGUGCCAGCACCGCUCUCGUCUGGAUCAUUAUCGAGGUGCUGGCUCUUCUGCUGGCCCUCUACCUGAUAUCAGUGCACACAGAUCUCACCACCUUUGACCUUAUUGCGUACAGCGGGUACAAGUAUGUCGGGAUAAUAAUCACCAUUCUAAGUGGCUUGUUAUUUGGACGAGAUGCUUACUAUAUUGCUUUCGCCUGGACGUCCUGCGCCAUCAUGUUCUUCUUAGUCCGCUCCCUGAGAAUGAAGGUGCUCUCCUCGUCGGGCAUGUCCGCGAAUUACAGCUCCAAGAACCGGCUCAGAAUGUACGUCACCCUGGCCCUCGCUGGCUUUCAGCCCCUCAUCAUCUACUGGCUGACCGUCCCCCUGGUUUGAUGAGCAGGCCCUUCCCGUUCCACGGCGCGAGAUUGGUCUUCUCCUCCCUGGAAGAAUUGAUGCCAGAUGCUUUAAGAUUCCCUAACGAUUGAGUUGUUUAGUUUUCCUUGGCCGAGGAUGAGCAUGGUGUGUACUUCAGUAAACCAUCCUGGCUGUGAGCUCGCCAGAGAGAGACUUGCUGCAGGCUGUGCACCGUGCUGAGGGCAGGCUCUUCGUGGUCCGCGAAGAACCAAGGGAAUGGCAGAAAUAUCGCUGACCUUCUCCGGACGUGGUCCACGCGUGGGUCUCGGAUCGACGGCUGAAGCCGCGGAGCAUCACCAACCCGUUAGGACAUUCUUCCAGCUCCCCCGGCCGCAGAUGCACCUCUGAUUCUUCGCAGUCGACCUGAGCCCGUUGAGGGAGGAUUGGAAAAUGCGACCGCGCCCCUGUAUCGGCAUACCGCGCCCGGGCAACGGUGGUGGUGGGUUUUCAGUUGUGAAUUUUCAAAGGCUGACAAAUACAUCCUGGUUUUAAGUCAUCUGCGGCUUAGUCCCUCCCUCUUCUGGUUCCCCUUGCAUAGGACAGAAGAGCAAAAGUCCAUUCAGCCCAUCGAGUCUGCUCCGCCAUUCCAUCAUGGCUGAUUUAUUAUCCGUCUCAACUCCAUUCUUCUGCCUUCUCCCCGUAGCCUUUGAGGUCCUGACUAAUCAAGAACCUAUCAACCCCUGCUUUAAGUACACCCACUGACUUGGUCUCCACAGCCGCCUGUGGCAAUGAAUUCCACAUUCACCACCCUCUGGCUAAAGAAAUUCCUCCGCAUCACUGUUCUAAAUUGAUGUCCCUCUGUUCUGAGGGUGUGUCCUCCCAACCUGGAUUCCUCACUGUAGGAAAUUCCCUCUCCAUAUUCUCUAAAUUCAGACCUUUCAGUAUUUAAUAGGUUUUGAGGAGAUUCCCCGCAUUCUUCUGAACUCCAUCGAGUACAGGCCCAGAGCCAUUAGACUCUCCUCGUUCAUUACAGUGCCUUUGUCGCAUAUGAAAGUCUAGGGUACCGAAGGAUUGUGCACAGGACUGUAUCUGUCAGUGUGCAGCAGACAGCGAAUUUGUAAAUCUGGCUGGAGCAAAGGAUGUUGGGGAUGGUGAGGGUGGAGGGGUGUGGGACAGGGGGCAGAGAAGGAGUGUCAGGGGCGGGUGCAGACACACCCAGCCCUGAGACACCAGGCAAGGUCAUUUGAUUCCAAACAAUCGGUUUAUUGAUCGUUACAGAAUGUCUCUCUGGUACUUCCCGCUCCCUCCCCUCUCCCUUCCCCUUUUCCCAACCAUGAUUCCCCUCUCCCUGCCCCUUUCCCACUCUCAGUCCACAAUAGAGACCCAGAUCAGAAUCAGGUUUAUCAUCACUCACACAUGCCAUGAAAUUUGUUUUUUCUGUGACAGCAGUACAGUGCGAUACAUAAAAUUACUACAGUACAAUAAAAAUUUGAAUUACAAAAAAAAUUACUACAGUACAGUGCAAAGGUCAAAGGCACCCUAACUCUACAUGUGCACAGUGGAGUGCCAUCUCCUCUCAGCACAGGAAAGACAGGAGGAUGUGGGGUGUCAGUGUCAUGACUGAAACAUCUGUUGCAUGGCGCUGCCCGGUCCACAAUACGCUGGGGAAAAGGCCCCUACAGGUGUCCUCCCUCGAUGGUAAACCAGACCACCAGGCUGACGUGAGCCCACGUCAUUCGCUUGAGGGAGCGGGAAUCCUAUCUGAGUGUCUGGGGGGGGGGGGGCUCAGUGACUGAGCACGCAGUCCUUUUCAUUCGGGCCAUGAAAUCAAAACCGUAACAGUGACAUGGUAAAUGCAAUGAUUAAAU